AUGCCUCCUACGCUUCGCAAGCGCAAGGCGCCUGAGCCCGCGCCCGCCCCGCCGGCUCCCAAGAAGGCCGUUGCCGCUGCUGCCAAGAAAGCGGCAGCUCCCAAGAAAGCGACCGCGCAAAAGAAAGAGUCCGCGCCCGAGAAGGAGGCCUCUGCUGUGGCCGCUCCUUUGCCCGCGACAGCCAAGGGUGCCAAGCAGGUAGCUGUCGGCGAUCUUGUCAGCCUCGACGACUUUGGCGGUGAGGUCGAGACCAACGACGGCGAAAAGACGACGCUGAAGAAGCUCGUCGACGAGAGCAAGUCUGGUGUUGUGAUUUUCACCUAUCCCAAGGCUUCCACGCCUGGCUGCACCAAGCAGGUCUGCUUCUUUCGCGAUGCGUACGAGACCCUCACCGCCGACGGCCUCGCCAUUUACGGCCUUAGCGCCGACUCUCCCAAGGCCAACACUGCCUUCCAGACCAACAAGAAGCUGCAGUACCCGCUGCUUUGUGACCCAGACUAUACUCUGAUCGACGCCAUCGGCCUCAAGAAGAGCCCCAAGGGUACCCAGCGCGGCGUCUUUGUCAUUAGCAAGGACGGCAAAGUGCUCGUGGCCGAGGGGGGCAGCCCCCAAGGCACCUUCGAUCGCGUCAAGGCGCUUGUUGAGGAGCUUGAGAAGAGUAUGGGGACCUUACUCUGA